UACAUAUACAUAUAUAUAAUCACACUCAUUAUCUAAUCAUGUCUCUAACAUUUCUAUCUCCAAACAAAACCUUACCUCCUUCACUUUUCAAUCAAUUUCUAAAUCCUAAUUGCACUCAAAAUCACAAUAUUCAACUACUAAACAAUAAAUUCACAAAUAAUAAUGUAAAUAAACACAGAUAUUUUCAUUCUACUAAUAGUAAUCGGAAAUCAGUAGCGGUUGCGCCGUCGGCGGCGUUAGGCGGAUUGCUUGGCGGAAUAUUUAAGAGUGGGACGGAUACUGGUGAGUCGACUCGGCAGCAGUAUGCUGCUACUGUUGCGACUAUUAACUCACUUGAAUCGGAAAUGAAUUCGUUAUCGGAUAAUGAGUUGAGAGAUCGGACUAGUUUGUUGAAGGAACGAGCUCGGCAAUCGCCUCAGUCGUUGGACUCGAUUUUACCUGAGGCGUUUGCGAUAGUGAGAGAGGCUUCGAAAAGAGUUUUAGGUCUACGUCCUUUCGACGUUCAACUCAUAGGUGGCAUGGUACUUCAUAAAGGAGAAAUAGCUGAAAUGAGGACCGGGGAGGGAAAGACUCUGGUAGCUAUCUUACCAGCUUAUUUAAAUGCAUUAAGUGGUAAAGGAGUUCACAUUGUUACUGUGAACGAUUACCUAGCAAGAAGGGAUUGUGAAUGGGUUGGUCAAGUUGCUCGUUUUCUUGGACUCACUGUCGGCCUAAUCCAGCAAAAUAUGACAAGUGAAGAGAGAAGGCAGAAUUACUUGUGUGAUAUCACAUAUGUUACCAAUAGUGAGCUUGGUUUUGAUUACCUGAGAGACAAUCUUGCCAUGAGUGUCGAUGAGCUUGUAAUAAGGGGUUUCAAUUACUGUGUUAUCGAUGAGGUUGAUUCAAUUCUUAUUGACGAAGCAAGAACUCCUCUUAUUAUAUCAGGACCUGCUGAAAAACCAAGUGAACAGUACUACAAAGCUGCUAAAAUAGCUUCUGCUUUUGAACGAGAUAUACAUUACACGGUUGAUGAGAAGCAAAAAAACGUUCUACUCACAGAACAGGGUUAUGCAGAUGCUGAGGAAAUUCUUGAAGUAAGUGAUCUAUACGAUCCUCGAGAACAGUGGGCCUCAUAUCUCAUUAAUGCAGUAAAAGCUAAAGAGCUCUUUCUCAGAGAUGUAAAUUAUAUCAUUCGUGCCAAAGAGGUUCUCAUUGUGGAUGAGUUUAGUGGUCGAGUCAUGCAGGGGAGGCGAUGGAGUGAUGGCCUUCACCAGGCGGUGGAAGCCAAAGAAAAUUUGCCUAUUCAAAAUGAGACUGUGACACUGGCCUCAAUUAGUUACCAAAACUUCUUUCUCCAGUUCCCAAAACUUUGUGGCAUGACCGGUACCGCUGCAACGGAGAGUUCAGAGUUUGAGAGUAUUUACAAGCUUAAAGUUACAAUCGUCCCAACAAACAAGCCUAUGAUACGGAAGGAUGACUCCGACGUGGUGUUUAGGGCGACCACGGGAAAAUGGCAGGCAGUUGUUGUAGAGAUUUCGAGAAUGAACAAGACUGGACGUCCUGUGCUUGUUGGCACAACUAGUGUUGAGCAGAGUGACUUAUUGUCCCAGCAACUUCGUGAAGCUGGAAUCCCUCAUGAGGUUCUCAAUGCCAAACCAGAAAAUGUGGAGCGUGAAGCUGAAAUUGUGGCACAAAGUGGGCGACUUGGUGCAGUUACUAUUGCUACUAACAUGGCUGGUCGUGGUACGGAUAUUAUUCUUGGUGGUAAUGCGGAGUUUAUGGCUAGGUUGAAGCUACGUGAGUUACUCAUGCCAAGCGUUGUUAAGCCUGGCGAGGGAGUUUUUGUUUCAGUUAAGAAAGCUUCCCCAAAGAAGACAUGGAAGGUGAGUGAAAGUUUAUUCCCGUGUGCACUAUCUCAAGAAAAUACCAAGGUGGUUGAAGAAGCUGUAACAUUAGCUGCCAGCUCAUGGGGUCGGAGAUCUUUAGCUGAGCUGGAAGCAGAAGAGCGGCUUUCUUAUGCAUGUGAAAAGGGUCCUACUCAAGACGAAGUAAUUGCCAAAUUGCGCCAUUCUUUCCUACAAAUUGCAAAUGAAUAUAAAGCCUACACAGAAGAAGAGAAAAAGAAGGUUGUAGCAGCUGGAGGGCUUCAUGUCAUUGGGACAGAACGCCAUGAAUCACGACGAAUAGACAAUCAGCUGCGUGGACGAAGUGGGAGGCAGGGAGAUCCUGGAAGCACGCGUUUCUUUCUUAGUCUUGAAGAUAAUAUCUUUCGCAUAUUUGGAGGGGAUCGAAUUCAGGGGAUGAUGAGAGCUUUUAGAGUUGAAGACCUACCAAUUGAGUCAAAAAUGUUGACAAAAGCACUGGAUGAAGCACAAAGAAAAGUAGAGAACUACUUUUUUGAUAUCCGAAAGCAAUUAUUUGAGUAUGAUGAAGUUCUCAACAGCCAAAGAGACCGUGUUUAUACGGAAAGAAGGAGAGCUUUAGAAUCUGAAGAUCUUCAAUUUCUUCUUAUCGAGUAUUCUGAAUUGACGAUGGACGACAUAUUAGAGGCAAAUAUUGGUUCUGAUGCUCCCAAAGAAAACUGGGAUUUUGAAAAGCUUAUUGCAAAAAUCCAGCAGUAUUGCUAUCUGUUGAAUGAUCUGACGCCUGAUUUACUGGCAAGCAAAUGUGCAACUUAUGAAGAUUUGAGGAAUUAUCUUCGUGUUUGUGGACGUGAAGCAUAUUUAAAGAAGAGAGAUAUUGUGGAUAAAGAGGCUCCAGGAUUAAUGAAGGAAGCAGAAAGGUUUUUGAUAUUAAGCAACAUAGAUCGGUUGUGGAAAGAACACUUGCAGGCACUCAAAUUUGUGCAGCAAGCGGUAGGUUUACGUGGAUAUGCACAACGUGAUCCACUUAUCGAGUACAAGCUUGAAGGGUACAAUCUAUUUAUUGAGAUGAUGGCACAAAUAAGAAGAAAUGUUAUAUACUCUAUAUACCAGUUUAAACCUGUCAUGGUAAAGGAUCCUCCAAAAGCCCGGAAGGAUAGUGGAAAUGGAUCAGUGCCCCCACCAACAUCUGUCAGUUCUGAAGCUAACGUAUGACAAGGAGCUGUGCAGAUACUUUUUGGUGCUUGAAACGAAACGGAUAGUAAAUUGCAUCCUUCACGUGUGUUAUUGAUUUUGUCAACUCCCGUAGAUAAUAGUGUAUAAUAUGAGUUCAUGGCCAUGUGAUUUAGAUAGAAAUUAUCAUAUAAAGGUUCUGUAAAGUUACUUUACCGCUUCAUUUCCUGGUGCCAUACACAGUCAUUUGUUUAAUUCGUAUGGGUUAUUGACCAGUAUCACUGCCAUCACACUUUUGCCACUUACAGUAAAUUAACUCUCUUUGUAACCAAAGGUUCAGAUUUCAGAUAAAUAUUGUAACUAAGAUGUUAGUUGUGAUUUGAUAUAAUUACAGUAAAUAUUUGGGUUUGAA